AUGGUUGGGAAAGGUUAUGAAUUAUCCUUCAAAUGUUUCAUUUGUGAGAAUGCUCAGGAUAGUAUGGAUCAUAUUCUUUGGAAAUGUGCAUUCAGUAUUAACAUAUGGAGAUGGUUGUGCUCUGUUUUUCGGUUCAGUCAUGCAAAAUCUUUUGAUGAUAUAUGGAACAGUGCAAAAAACAAAAGUCCACUGAUUAAAGAAGCUUGGAUCACUGCAGCUUGUUCAGUCAUUAAAGAGCUUGAGUUCCAAAAAAUAAAAGACUGUUUGAACAAAUCAAGCCAAAUACUUAAAAUCAUAAUCAAAAAAACGGUGUUUGAAGGGGCCUUUAAAAUGAAAGGAAACAAUUGGAACCAAAACUAUGACCUCCGGGUAAUUUCUUUUUUCAACCUGGGUCCUAGGCACAACAAGUUUCAAUGCAUUAAAGCUUGUUAUUGGUCUCCACCUCCAAUUGGGUACACUCUGUUUUGUUGUGAUGGUUUUUCUUUUGGUAACCCUGGUGUUGCUGGAUUUGGAAUAGUGGUUAGAAACCAUUCAUGUCAGGUGAUUGGUGUUUUGUCAGGUGGUAUUGGCAUUACAAAUAACUAUGUUGCAGAAGUUUAUGCAGUAGUGUGUGCAGUUGAAUUAGCAGGAGAAUGCAAGUCGCAUCACAUUAUUCUGUCUUCAGAUUCUAGAACAGUGAUAACUGACUUUUCCAAAGGUCAGGUUCCUUGGUUUAUUAGAAUGAGAUGGCUGAGAGUUGUAAGUAAAGUUGCUUCAGUUUUGUUUAAGCAUUGCUUUAGGGAAGUAAAGUUCUCUGCUGAUAUGUGGCUAAAAAAGGAGCAAGUUUAG